GUUGUUCUUGAGUGUCAUGAUAUCCCACACCAAUUUGUUCUCUUGCAUAUGGGAAACAUUAUAAGCAUCAGUCUUCUGAGUAAUGCUUGGAUAGAUGAGGAUGUUAAGCUAGGAAGUCAUGUUCCCUUGCCUUUUCGGGAAGACUGCAGGAGGAAAAGGGAAACAACCACGUGUGGACUAUGUCAUACAAAGUAGGCAUUACAGAUUGUGAAAUGCAACUAUGGAGACGUAUGGAGAAUGGUGACAUCAAGGCUUUGCUCUUGUUACUCCACAGCGAAUCAACCUGCUAUAAACUCGAUCCAAAUAAUCAUGUUUCGGUCCUUGAUUUUCGUUUGGACGUAACCACUGUAGAUGGAAAAGAUGAUCUGUUGUUUGUCGACAGCAAAGCAACUUACCGUAACAACAAAUUAUGCUUCCAACUAACUAAGUCCAUUUAUGGAGACGGCAGCGUCACGCAAACCAGUGUUUUCUUGUAUGGGAUGGGACACAAAGCUGGCCUUGUUGUUCUCCAAAGGCACUAUAAUGGUAGCGCUCAGGAUGAAAAUCCUUGCGCCGUAACUCUGACGCACUAUCAUGCUACUAGUCCCGGAAUCAAUGAUUACUCUAAAUCUAAAGCAGAUUUUGGGCUCUCUGUGAUAGCAAGGAUUGUACCAUCGAAAGGGAAUGUGGUUAUAGAUGUGGAGGGCCCCAAGCAACACCCUUCUUCUGCCUUGUUUUACUUGUUUGAUCAAGUCAGAAGCACUGGGGUUUGGAAUCCUAGCAUGUGCCCUCAUUGUGCUGCUCAAGAUCCCAGACCGCGUAGUAGAGAUAGUGUUGUUCCCGUGGCACGCCCUCAUGCAAGAUUGUUCGCCAAUGAGGGAAGGUUCGCGGGGACCGGUAAUGGUGGUAAGAUUAGAUGUCGUAAUUUUAAUGUUUAUUAAGGAAACAUCCGAGGCCUUUAGCUGAGGCUGAAUUGCCAAUAAGAAGUUUAUAAUUAAGAUAGCAGCAUAUAUAUGUACUGCAUGCAUGCAGUGACAGUCUUUGAGGAAGAAAAUCAAUUUAGGUGCUAUGACAUGAGCAACCCCAGAUGUCCAACUUGUGUUUGUAUCUUAAUUAUUAUUAGUGUGUUUUGGAUUUUCUUUCCAACACUUCAAACAUCCGUUCAUUUCAAUCCAUACAGAAAGAAGUUUUUCCGUUUGGAUCAUUGGAAUGUGUGUGGAUAAGCUUUUCCAUUUAUGUACAUUGGAACAAGUACAAACAGUUUUUCAAACA